CUGAAAGAGAAGGUUAGCGGUGGCUGACUGGGAUGUGUUGAGAGGAAAUGUAGUAGUCAGUGCCGGAAAUUCCACUUUCCAGAUGUCCUGCCCUGUGUAACACCCACAGCCCUGCAGACACCGUAUAAAAAGGAGCCGGGGCGGUGGGAUUCUGGAUUUUUUUCUUUCUUGAUGUCUGGGCUGAAGGACAAACAUAAGAGAAGAAAGUACCUAGGUGAAGCAAUAUGACCUUGGCCAGCUUGAUAUCCAGUUGCUGGAAACCAUUCGAGAUGAGGUUUCCCGUUUUAAUGCUGAUCAUUCUUAUUGGUCUCUCAGCUCCAACCACAGCCGCAACCACAUCAAUAGGAUGUCUCUAUCCAUAUGGAGAAGGACUUGAUACUUCGGCUUUAUCUUCAGAUGACGGCUCCACAUUAAUUAACCUGAAUAUGGGAAUUCCUCUCUUUGGGAAGACAUAUUCCUCCAUAUAUCUGAACAACAAUGGACUCCUGUCGUUCAAUAGACCAAUAAUAAAUGUUCGGUUUCAGACUUUUCUGAUUCCCAUAUUGGCUCCUUACUGGUCAGAUAUAGAUAACAGCGCAUGUACCGGCUGUCACAUAUACUAUCGUGAAGUAAACCAAACUGAAGCAGAACUAAUGCAACGAGCAACGGACGAUCUUAAGGCGCAUUUCCGUCUCUAUCAGUUCUCUGCCAGCUGGAUGUUUGUCUCCACAUGGGAAAACGUGCCCUAUUUGAACUCUGUAUCAGGAAAGGUGAAUACAUUUCAGGCUGUACUGAUCUCAGAUGGGAAGCUGACAUUUCUCUUGUUCAAUUAUCUGGACCUGCAAUGGCCGUUCUUGUAUAACGGUGAACAGGAAGGACCUGUAUCUUAUGCGGGUCUGAACAAUGAAGAUUUCUCCAUAUCCUAUCAACUUCCAAACUCCCAGUCGAUAUCCAUUGUUCAGCUCAAUGCCACCAGUAAUAUAAAUGUCACUGGGCGAUGGGCCUUCAAUGUGGACAGAAACGUCCUUCAGAAUUCAACAACAUUUAUAGCAUUUCAUGAAUUUCCUCAUCUUGCCAUGCUUGGAAAAAUAAAGAGGAAAAAAUAUAUCGUCUAUAAACCCGUUACCUCCUCCAUUGGAGUUCAAUGGUUGGGUGUGGUUCUGCAGCCUAGUUCCACUAAAGUGAAUGGAGCCAAGUUGUAA